CGAGCGCGUGCUGCGCGUGUGUGAGGGUGAGGGAUCGUUCCGCGGAGAGGUGACGGAGGUGACGGUGUGCUGGUGGCGGUGACCUCCGAUGCGCCCGCGGGCGGUGACCUAGCCGGCGCGGCCGGUGUCAGUGAUAUGACAGUGAAGGGCAGCGGCGGCGGAACGCACGUGGACGCGGAAAAGCAGCUCGAGCCGCCUCCGCCGGACUCAGUGAGCUGCAGCGAUGAGUUCCUGCUGCGGCCCAGCUGGACGGACGCCCGUCUGGCGCUCCGACAGGUCAACAAGGGUCACGCCGAGGGGAACCGGGCGGCGCUGUGGGUGCGCGCCCACACACAGAGCUACCUGUUCCACACGGGACGGCUGGUGCAGAGCCACGCCGGCAAGAUUCUGUUUGUGGGCGUCCUGCUGCUGGCCACCCUCUGCAUAGGACUGAAAAACAUUCCUCUUCAGACCGAUGUGGAGGAUCUCUGGGUGGAGGAGGGCGGCCGGCUGCAGCGCGAGCUGGAGUACGUGCGCAGCAGCCUGGGCGCCGGCUCCGGCUCUCUCCACCAGAUCGUAGUACAAACGCCGCGCGACGCGCCGGGCUCCGUGCUGCGGCCCGACGCGCUGCUCGCGCACCUUGAGGUCAUCCAGGCCGCUAGUCAAGUCACCGUCGAUAUGUAUGAUAUAACGUGGAAGCUGAAAGAUUUAUGUUUUGCGCCCAGCUUCCCCUCGUAUGAAGAGCAUUUGGUUGAUAAAGUGAUGGAGAAGCUGAUUCCGUGUUCGUUUGUGACGCCCCUCGACUGUUUUUGGGAAGGAUCGAAGCUGCUCGGGCCCGACUUUCCUGUCUCGUUACCACAAAUGCCUGGCAAGCUGCAGUGGACCAACCUGGACCCGGAGAAGGUGUUCACCAUGAUGAGCAACCAGUUCGGGCCCUCCUUCCAGUUCGACUCGCUGCGCAAAUACAUGAAAGGGGCGGGGAUCACGAGUGGCUACCAGCGCCGGCCAUGUCUCAAUCCCAGUGACCCCGAAUGUCCGGAGACGGCCUCGAACCGGGCGUCGGGCGUGCCGCCGGACGUGGGCGCGGAGCUGACCGGAGGGUGCUACGGGUUCGCCACCCGGCACAUGCACUGGCCAGAGCAGCUGAUCGUCGGCGGGACGGAGAAGAAUCGGACAGGACACAUCACCAGGGCGGCGGCGUUCCAGACGGUCAUCCAGCUGAUGGGCGAAAAGAACCUCUUCGAGUUCUGGGCCGGCAACUGGAAGACGCACAACAUGGACUGGAACAUGGCCAUGGCCAAGUCGAUCCUGGACGCCUGGCAGGUCAAGUUCUCAGAGGAGGUGAAGCGCCAGACGGAGCGCCAGGAGCAGCAGAAGACGCCGUACCGCAUCCACUCGUACUCGAUGGAGUCGCUGGAUAAGAUCCUGCAGCAGUUCGCCACCCCGGACAUGACGCGACUCACCAUCGGAUAUGGGCUCAUGCUGGUGUACGGGUUCUUCUCGUUGGUACGCUGGUCGGACCCGGUCCGGUCCCAGGGCGGCCUCGGUGUCGCUGGCGUGCUGCUCGUCACCCUGUCGGUGACGGCCGGACUCGGCCUCUGCGGCCUGGCCGGCAUCCCGUCCAACGCCUCAACCACGCAGAUCAUUCCGUUUCUGGCGCUGGGACUGGGCGUGGAUGACAUGUUUCUGCUGGCGUUGACCUACUCGACCACGGACCUCAGCCACACACCGCCACAGGACCACGUCGGCGAGGUGCUGAAGCGGGCCGGCGUCUCGGUGCUCCUGACGUCCCUCUGUAACGUCAUGGCCUUCCUGUCGGCGGCCAUCCUGCCGAUCCCUGCGCUGCGCCACUUCUCUCUGCAGGCUGGCAUCCUGGUGCUGUUCAACGUGCUCUCGAUCCUGUUCAUCUUCCCUGCGAUGCUGAGCCUGGACCUGCGGCGCCGCCGGGCGCGGGCCUACGACAUCGUCUGCUGCUGGUCGGAGCGGCCGGCCGGGGACGCGGCGGCCGAGCCGAGCUCCGAGGGGGCGCCGCGCCGCGCGGAGCCGCCGGCCGCCCGGCCCGGACCGCCGCCGCCGUCCGUGUUCACCAUCACCGCUCCGCCGCUGCCGGUGGACGCCGGGGUCAAAACGGCACCGCCGUCACUAACGGCAGCACCAGCCCCGGCGUCUGCGCGGGUGGUGCGCUGCUCGGCGGCCGGCCGCUGGCUGGACCUGCCCUGGCUGGUGCGCCGCUACUACUCAGUGUGGCUGCUGCGCCGGCCGGUCCGGCUCCUGGUGCUGCUCGCCUCCCUGGCGGCCGCCGGACUGGGCGUCUGGGGCGCUGCCCAGCUGCGGGACGGACUCGAUUUGACCGACGUGGUGCCGCGCGGCUCAGACGAGUUCGCCUUCCUGGAGGCGCAGCGGCGCUACUUUGGCUUCUUCGAGAUGGUGGCUGUGACGCAGGGCGACUUUGAGUACCCGACCAACCAGGAGCUGCUGCACCAGUACCACCAGGCGUUCACCCGCGUGCCGAGCGUCAUCAAGAAUGAUGACGGCGGCCUACCCGACUUCUGGCUGGCACUCUUCAGAGACUGGCUGAUCGACCUGCAGAGCGCCUUCGACCGCGACUGGCGCCUCGGUCUGAUCGACAACGAGCGCUGGCACCAGAACGCCUCUGAGGAGGGCGUCCUCGCCUACAAACUGCUCGUCCAAACCGGCAGAGUCGACGAUCCCAUCAACAAGUCGCAGCUGCCGCGCAAUCGACUCGUCGAGAACGGCAUCAUCAACCCCAAGGCGUUCUACAACUACCUGACAGCGUGGGCCUCCAAUGACGCGCUGGCCUACAGCGCCAGCGGCGCCCAGCUGCGGCCCGAGCCCAAACAGUGGCUACACGUGCCUGGAGACGUGGAGCUGCUCAUCCCCAAGUCGCAGGCGCUCGUGUACGCGCAGAUCCCGUUCGCGCUGAGUGGCCUCUCGGAUACGGAGGCGAUUGUCGAUAUGAUCGCCGCGGUGCGCCGCGUGUGUCGGAGGUUCGAGGAGCGCGGCCUGCCCAACUUCCCCGCCGGCGUGCCGUUCACCUUCUGGGAGCAGUACGCGAGUCUGAGGUUCUUCCUCGGUCUGGCGCUGGUCUGCGUGUUUGCGGCCGUGACGCUGGUGCUGGCCGUUACUCUGAUGAGUGUGUGGGCGGCCGCGGUGGCCGUGGCAGUCAUAGGCCUGACGCUGCUCCAGCUGCUGGGCGUCAUGGGACUGCUCGGACUGAGACUGAGCGCCAUCCCGGCCACCGUGCUCAUCAUGGCCGUCGGACUGGGGGUUCAGUUCACCGUACACGUACUGCUGGGUUUCCAGACGAGCCUCGGGGACCGUGCCACGCGCGUCCAGCGCAGCCUCGAGCAGAUGUUCCAGCCCGUCUUCCACGGCGCCAUCUCCACCUUCGUCGGCGUCCUGAUGCUGGCCUUCUCAGACUUCGACUUCAUCGUCAGGUACUUUUUCUGCGUGCUGGCCUCGCUGGUGCUGCUGGGCCUGGUGAACGGGUUGGCCGUGCUGCCCGUGCUGCUCUGCUGGCUCGGCCCGCCGGCCGAGGUACGGCCGCGGCUCGGCGGCGCCGUGCUGCCCGCCCCCAGUCCGGAGCCGUCCCCUCCGCGGGUCCGCGGCCCGCGAGUGUACCGCUCUGCCUCGCUGGGGAAGGCGGCGGGCGGCGGCGGCGGGGGAGGCGGCUCCCGGCGGCUGCAGCCGGCGGAGAGCCGCCUCAGUCUCAGCACCAUCUCCGAGGAGUCCUCCGGCUCGGCGGCGUCCGGCGGCCGGCGCGAGCGGCGCACACACGAUAUCGUGGUCGAGCCGCGUCUGGUGGUGGAGACGUGCUACCCGGACGGCGCAGAGCCCGACGACGGCCGCUGUCUCACCACCAAGGUGACGGCCACCACCCACGUCAAGGUGGAGGUGCACACACCCGAGUGUGGGACGGAGACGGGGCGGAGGGGCAGCAGGAGAGCGCGAGCCACCGCCACGCCGCCGCCCUACGUGGAACGGAGGAGCUCAACCAAGUAGCCCCGCGCCGCGCAGAGGAGGGGGGGAGGAGGCCGGUGCCGCGGGCGGCCGCCGGCAGUCAGCCAGCUCAGUAUUGAUGGCGCAGUCUCGGCCGGGGACUCGCGUCGGCCCGGCGGCGUCCGCUGACUCAGUUGCCAGUUCAAAGUGCUCGACUCGGGAAUCGUACCUCCGCUGUUGUUAUUUAUUUGUCUCGCCGGCGCGCGCGCUGGCGUUUUGUUGUGAGCGGCGCUCCGCUCUGUGCUGUCCGCCGCUCGGCGCUCGAACUGCCAUCUGUGGGCAGUUCUGGGCGUUACCGACUGAUAUUUUGUUGAAUCGCGCGUGUAUACGUCUGCUGAGCGUGUGUAUUGUGACCACGAGCUGCCUUAUAAGUGCCUGUGACAUUGUGUAAAAUACAUCGCAGUACUGUC